AUGGCGGUUUUCCUGAAGCUUGGAUGGAAUCCGAGGGGCAACGCUUGCUGGGAGCUGUACUACCUGGAGCUCGGGAUCCAGCUGAAUGGACAGAUGCCCAGCGACAAGACCAAUGGGGGGGGGGGGCACGACUGCUUCAACACCUUCUUCAGCGGGGCUGGGGCGGGCAAGCACGUCACCCGGGCCGUGUUCAUUGAUCUGGAGCCCACGGUGAUCGUGCGGACCGGCACAUACCGGCAGCUCUUCCACACCGAACAGCUCAACGCCGGCAAGGAGGACGCGGCCAACAACUACGCCCGGGGCCACUGCUCCAUCCGCAAGGAGAUCGUCGACCUGGUCCUGGAUCGCAUCCGGAAGCUGGCCGACCAGUGCACGGGACUGCAGGGGAUCCUCAUCUUCCACAGUUUUGGGGGCGACACCGGCUCGGGCUUCACCUCCCUCCUCAUGGAGAGACUGUCCGUCGACUACGGCAAGAAAUCCAAGCUGGAGUUUUCCGUCUACCCGGCGCCGCAGAUCUCCACCGCCGUGGUUGAGCCCUACAACGCGGUGCUGGUCACCCACUGCACCCUGGAGCACUCCGACUGCUCCUUCAUGCUGGACAACGAGGCUAUUUACGACAUCUGCAGGCGGAACCUGGACAUCGAGCGCCCCACCUACACCAACCUCAACCGCCUGCUGGGGCAGGUAGUUUCGUACAUCACCGACUCGCUGCGCUUCGACGGCGCCCUCAACGUGGACCUGCUCGAGUUCCAGACCAACCUGGUCCCCUACCCGCGCAUUCACUUUCCGCUGGUGACCUAUGCGCCCCUGAUCUCGGCUGAGAAGGCUUACCACGAGCAACUGUCCGUGUCGGAGAUCACCAACGCCUGCUUCGAGCCGGCCAACCAGAUGCUCAAAUGCGACCCCCGCCAGGGCAAAUACAUGGCGUGCUGCAUGUUGUUCCGUGGGGACGUGGUGCCCAAGGAGGUCAACGCCUCCAUCGCCACCAUCAAGACUAAGAGCUCCAUCCAGUUCGUGGACUGGUGUCCGACCGGGUUCAAGGUAGGCAUCAACUACCAGCCCCCGACGGUGGUGCCGGGGGGCGACCUGGCCAAGGUGCAACGAGCCGUCUGCAUGCUGAGCAACACCACCGCCGUCUGCAUGGCCUUGACUCGUAUGAACCUCAAGUUCGACAAGAUGUACGCCAAGCGGGCCUUUGUCCACUGGUACGUGGGAGAGGGUCUGGAGAAAGGAGAGUUCCAGGACGCGCGGGAGGACAUGGCUUCGCUGGAGAAGGACUACGAGGAAGUGGGCAUCGAUUCGGCGGGUCUGGACAGGAAGGCGGAAGAGGAAGUUUUCGUGGACGACUUGAAGCCUUUGCCGCAGUCGGAACAGGUGAAAGGCCGCUCACUGCUGUGCACCUGCAGCCACGACAACCGGGCAAAGCUCUUACUGCAGGUGGAGCAGCCGAAGGGCUUCUAA